AUGACCACAAACAUAGUAGAAUACCUUAAUCUAGUGCUAAAGGAUGCUCGAGAACUCCCCAUCACAAAGCUGUUAGAGCACAUACAUGAGUGGUUACAUGGAUGGUUCUACAUUCACCGCACAAAUGUAGUUUCUGAUUAUGCAUUUGAUAUUUUGAAGGUUGAGGAAUUGAAAUCUAGAACGUACCGUGUUUUCCCGGUUGACAUGCAUGUAUUCAAUGUAGAUGAUGGACGUUUGGGUGGGUUGGUAGAUCUUCAUGCACGUACGUGUAGUUGCAUGGAAUUCAAUUGUCUAGAGAUUCCUUGUUCAUAUGCAAUUGUUGCGGCUGCACUGUGGCACAUAAAUGUCCAAACUCUAUGUGCAAAGUGGUUUACUGUUGAAUGUGUCCUUGCUCCAUACGCAUAA